AUUUUCCUUGACGAGUGUGUAACUCCCUUCUUCAACGUUAUCACCUAAGUCCCUCUUACUUAUUGUAGUUCGUUUCAAAUUUAUCCGGGGAUUUUUGCGAGACCAACGCUAUUUGCUUAAAAUCUACUCUUGGAUACACGCUUAGAUCCUCUUCUCUUGCUUGGUGCGUAGUACGCGUUUGCGACGUCGCAGCCGUAUACCGAGAGAUCAUGGGAUCUGCGUGGCAGUUAGCGACAACUGUCGUUUUCUUCUUGAUUCAAUCGAAUUUAUUACACGCUCAUCGCGAACACAAGGUCCACAACAUAGUACUUUAUCCAGACAAGCACAGUUGGUGCAAAACAACGCCUAUCAAACAGGUAGUCGCGUGGCCACAAUGCUCUUCCCAAGAACUCGAUAACAACGUGUGCGUUGGAGCUUGUUUUUCUUACAUGGUACCCCACAGCGAGCCAUCCGCUCCUGGUGAUUUGAUAAGACCCUAUUGCGACUCCUGUCAACCUCUUGACAGCGUUUGGCAUACGGUUACCUUGGAUUGUAAGGACGAGGAAAAUAAUCCAAUGACUAUGCAGAAAAAGGUACAAAUAAUAACCAAUUGUUCGUGCAGUUCAUGCAUGGAAACGUCUAGAAUCAAACCAGAUUACAAUACUUUACUACAAUCGUUGACCGUUGAAAAUUUGGAUAAGAACGUUAACGUUGUUCAUGAGACGCCGGAUCUUCUGUUGAAUCCUAAUUUGAAUUCGUCGAAAAAUACCACAAGAGACCGGGUAGAAGCUAACGAAAGAUUUUUACAAUUAUUUAAGCAAGGAUUGAAGGAUUCGGAGAAUUUAGAUGAGAUAGAUUUUAAAAAAUUGUUUUCGAAAUUUGGAGAAAAGAUAGAUACGGAUAAAUUGAGGGAUUUAUUGAAGAAACUUAGUCAAGAGGACGAGAGGCAUCAAGAAAAUCAACAAAAUAACAAACAGCAGCAACAACAACAACAACAGCAACAACAUCACGGUCCAACGACGAUGUUACAUCGUGGUCCUCAUCAUUCGAUGGUUCUGGAUUCCGGUGUGAAGGAAAAAAUCGACGUUGAGCCGCAUUAUCUUCAUCCAGCUGUGGCCGGUCAAGAGAUCAGUUAUCACGACAACGUUGUCGUCGACAAGGGCAAGAAGAAAGAUUUUUGAGAUCUCUCGAAGAUCGAAAACGAUCGUCUCGUUUUACAAAAUUGGAUGCCGGACUGGGUUUAUUUUGAACGAGUUGGACGACAAACGAGCGGAUCGUCGUAAACGGAGGAACGAACGACACGACACUUCUUUCCCACGCUGAUUCCACUAGAAUCGAUUGGUAAGGAAUUUUUCAUGCCUGGUC